AUGUCUUCCAUCAGGCUUCCCAAUGAGAUCUUUUUCAUGAUCGUGCAGCAUCUACCAACGCAGCGAAGCAUCUUGGCGCUGAUGAGAACCGACCGCCGGAUGUAUCAUCUUCUUCGCGAGUAUCUUUAUGAUCGAACUACUGGCAACGAAAAGAACAAGGCACUCAACUGGGCCGCUAAGCGCGGCCUGGAAGACCUUGUACGGGCGAUGCUGCGGCGUGGAGGGGAUAUUCGGAUGGACAAGGACACGUUCUGGCAUACUAAGAAUUCGGAGCCGCGUCCUCGACGAUGGCUCUCUAUGGCAAUUUCCGAUGCGGCGGAGAAUGGACAUGCAAGCAUCGUGAGCCUGUUACUUGAGCGUCAACCCAGUGCGCUUAACAUGAGAUCAGGCUACGAUGACUGGCCGCUUCGAAAAGCAGCGGCCAGAGGUCACGCCGAGACUGUCAAGAUUCUACUGAACCAUUCAGCUAACAUUCCCCACGAUGAGAUCAAUGAUUCCGGAUUCGGGGCCCCCACCUCCUUCAACUUCAGCCCUGCUCUGAAUGAAGCCUUCCGCCAUGGACAGGAAGAAAUCGUGAAUGCCAUGCUGGCGGAUGGUCGGGUGAGCAUGGAUCGCGAGAGCUUGGCUGCGGCGGCGUGGGGUGGACAUGAAAGGCUGGUUGACUUGUGUCUGCGUGAAGCGCCUCCAUGGUCACCAGAAAGACAGUUCCUGUCACCGCUGGGGGCAGCCGCGCAACGAGGCAAUGCAGCUGCCUUCAAGAUGAUCCUGACGUCCAAUCGCGUCGAUCCAAACAUGAGGGACGACAGCCUACGAACCCCACUCUUUGUCGCGGCAGAGUUCGGACAGGAGGAGAUUGUGAAAAUUCUGAUCGAGACCGACGGCGUGCACCCCGACACCAAAAACAAAUACGGAGAGACUGCUCUCUCAAGUGCCGCCGCAAAUGGUAGCUUGGCAACGGUAGAAUGCCUCUUGGCAACCGGCGCAGUCGAUGUUGACAAUAAGGACCAUCGGGGUUCCACCCCUUUAUUUGCCGCAGCAUCCAUCGGGAAUGAGAAAAUUGCCAGGCGGUUGAUCGCCGCGGGCGCGAAUCCCGAACAUCGAAACUCCGACGGCCAAAGUCCUUUAUGGCAUGCUGCUGGUUUAGGAGCAGCCAAUGUGGUAAAAGUCUUGCUGGCGACCGGACGCGUGGACCCGGAUGCCAAAGACCGCUCUGGUAUGACCCCAUUGGCGCGUGCGGCACGGUCCGGGAGAUUCCUGGGGAAGCCCACCAAUUUUGUCUAUACCAAGGAAUAUGAGAAACAAGCGGAGAAGGUCAUCGUCCCUCUGCUGCAAGGGGCCGAGCCAAACGCGUCGAGUGCAAAUAAUCAGCCGCCUGCUGUAGGCAUCACACAAGAUCCUACCACCCGAGACGGAUUAUCGGUGAUGAAACAGCUGCUCUCCCUUCGGGAAGUGGACCCUGAUUCUCAAGACAAAUCUGGGCGCACUCCCUUAUCUCACGCGGUGCAAAUGCAUGAGGUGGAUGCUGUAAGGGUGUUGCUGGACACGAAACGAGUGGAUGUGAACUGUGCCGAUUCCGAUGGCUGGACCCCGCUGACCUGGAUUGAAAAGAAGGAGAAGAACCUUAACCGAGGGGAUUGGGAGGCAGCUUGUGGAUGGUGA